AUGUCGGGACCGACCUCCGAAUAUGUGACUUUGGUCUCACGCGAUGGAUUCGAAUUUAUCAUUCCCCGCAAUGUAGCUUGUGUCUCAGGCACAAUUCGGCGCAUGCUGGACCCUUCCAGCAAAUUCUCCGAGGGUCUUACCGGCCGCUGUGUGCUGGAUGAAUUUCCUGGAAUGGUCCUCGAAAAAGUCUGCGAAUACCUUUGCUAUAAUGAUAAGCAUAAGAACGAUAUCAACGUUCCAGACAUGGAUAUCCCGCCUGAGCUGUGCUUAGAGCUCUUGAUGGCUGCUGAUUACCUGGACGUUUGA